ACUAACUUGUGCCUUUACACGCUUACUGAUCGUUGUCCCCUGUGAGACCGGAGCGUAUUGAUUAUGUCGAAGUUGUGAUAUUGAGAUCGAUCUUGUGGGUUCCGCAUCCUCUGGCGGUGCUGAGAAGGUGCGCAGUACUACGAAUAAUAUUGUUCUCUGCAUAUACAGUCCAAGAAAGAGCUUAGUCCUUUCAAUUGCACUGACGGCAUGCGUCGGCAUGCUAUCAUUUCAGCUGCGUUGAAUUGGCCUUUGGUAUACCAGUGCACUAAAGUUUGGCACUGUCAUUGAUAAGCAAGGUCUACGCAGUUGCUUCCCUAGAACCGUGCUCAUAUAAAGGGCGAUAUGCAACAAUGGUCAAAGCAUUCACCACCAAACAUUAGCCACCAUGUCUAUUCCUACUCAACAGAAAGCCCUGCUCUUGCCGUCCAAGGGAGCUGAUUUUACGUUGGGGACCGUCGAGGUACCGAAACCAGAAGCCGGAGAAGUUCUCGUCCGCGUCGAAGCCGCUGGUCUGAACCCCUUGGAUUAUAAGAUUCAAGAGUUAGGCUUCUUCAUCUCCGAAUUCCCUGCCAUCUUAGGUUGCGAUGCCUCUGGCGUCGUUGCUGCCGUUGGUAAUGGCGUUACUGCUUUGGCAAUCGGAGACAAAGUAUUGUUUGAGACAAACCCCGGUUAUCGGAAUGCUGCUUUUCAGCAGUUCACAAUCAUUAAGGCAUCUCUCACUUCGAAGAUUCCUGCAAAAAUCUCGUUCGAUGAAGCCGCUACCCUCCCGUGCUGCCUCAUGACUGCAGCGAACGGUUUGUAUACAGGCUUUGUUCCUCAUCUCCUGAGGGGAGGCGCCAGCCUGACGCCUUUCUGGGCAGAGGGUGGACGCGGGAAAUAUGCUGGGCAGCCAAUUGUCAUCUUUGGGGGCGCUGCUUCCGUAGGACAGUAUGCUAUCCAACUUGCUCGCAUUUCGGGAUUUUCUCCCAUUAUCACCACUGCAUCUUUGCGCAACGCAGAGCGUCUCAAAUCCAUUGGAGCAACUCAUGUCAUCGAUCGUGGCCUCUCCCAGGCCGACAUUAUCGCGAAAGUAAAAGAGAUCACCGCAAAGCCUGUCCAUGUAGUCUAUGAUGCUGUCGGCAUUCCAGAGACUCAAAACACAGGUUACGACAUUAUUGCACCUGGAGGAACCCUUCUUGUCGUCUUACCACCGGCUGUUGAUCAGGAGAAAAUAACUUCAGACAAACACCUCUUCAUGGUCAUGGGGAGUGUAGACCUGCCCGAGUACGAAGAGUCCGGUGCAGGAUUGUUUCGAGUUCUACCGGAGCUAUUGGCCUCGGGACAAAUUAAGCCCAAUGUUCCGGGAUAUAUUCCCGGCGGUCUUUCUGGUAUAACUGAGGGACUGGAAAAGUUGAAGAGGAACGAAGUUAGUGCGAAGAAGCUUGUUGUUCGUCCUUCCGAGACGAUCUGAAGUGACUACUGAGAGCCCGGCCAAACUAGAUGUUGAUCACUUUGGCUGUGUUCUAUCAUGGUUUUGCUUAACAGGUACUCCCGGCUGUAUUGAUUCGAAAUGU